AUGGCUCAAUUUGUUUCAUCCCUUAGAGAUGCAACAGCAAGUAAGGAAGGGGCAACAAGGAAAAUUGGGCUGCUAGGGAAGGUACUCUACGCCACUGCAGGCAACAUCACGUACAUUCUGAAAAGUUCGGUGCACACCAUUGUCGGCGGAUAUUUUCAAGAAGACAACAGAAUCAAGAGUAUAAUAUGGAAAAACAAAAUGACGAAUAGUGACAACCGGGCAAAGAAGGAUCCCUGGAUGCAGCCUGAUGCUCAACAAGGACAGGAGACGGUAUCCCAACAAAUCGAGAAGACUCAAGAAUCUUUGAUGCACUUACCCACUGUAGACUUGCUUGCCAGUAGUGUUCUUUCUAAGAUUCCAUGUGGAUCUCACUUUUUAAUCCAGUCUGCUUUAGAUGAUAAGAUCAAAUUCUUGAUGAGGCCUGGUGGAGAAACAAGAGAAAGCUUUCUCACCAAUGAAGUGCUGUCAAAAUGUGGCAAACUGAUAUCCUUACCCAAGCUUUUCCAUAUUCCAGGGUUCAUCCAUGGUCACCAAAGGACAUCCCAACAAGUGAAAGAGAAGUAUGAAAUGAACCCAAGAAAAGAAAAGCUGCCGUACAAGUUUGGAUUAUUGGUGUUCCUCAACACAGUGAAAAACAAAAGUGACAAUUUGCAUCAUGCAAAUGAAAUGAUGCCUAUAGAAAGGGACAUCAGUUGGACAGAUCAUGCAAAAGUGAAAGAGCCUUUAACAUCAAUGCAACUCACUUAUCAUCUAAAGCAGACUGGAUUAAAAAGAAUGCAACACCUACUGGAAGAGAACAAUGAACAGAAGACAGAAAUAAAGCACCUUAGAAAGAACACUACUGGCAAGCAAGUCUACAGUGGGAGGGAUGAACUAGCCAUCAGCCAGUUGCAGCUAACACCCAAAAAUCACCCAUGCAACAUGCAGUCACCCCCAACAGCAGCAGCUCCCAAAGAACUAGCUAUCAGCCAGUUGCAGCUAACAACCAAAAAACUCCCACUCACCCCAAUUGAAAACAACUACCUGGAACACUAG